GUUCGUUAUUUUACGCGCAGUUGGUGGAUGCACCAGAAAAAAGUCGAGCAUAUAGUUUAUUGAACUGUGAAGUCCGAGUACAUAUACACGAUGGCCGCAUUGCACUUGUUGCAUGCUAUCCGCAGCGUUUGAUCGGAUUUUGGUUUUUGAGUAAUAUCGUUCAAGUUGGAUUUGCCGGCAACAAAAUGCAGAUUCUUGCUAACGACCAAAAUGGUGUGGAUGAUGGCGUGUACUCGCUCGUUUGUGGCCCCAUACAGCUCUUGGAAAAACAUUACAAGCUAGCCACACAACCGGUAAGCAAAAGCUGUCAUCCUUGA